CGAAGCUAACACUUUGAUAUCUGGUUUGUAAUUUUUUUUUAAAAGUGAACAUAUUUCUUGGAUUUGCAACAGAGUAUUGCUACACAUAUAUUUACAUAUAAAGAAUGGCUGUAAAUUUGACCACCUCCGAAAAAUUUUAUUCUGAAAAAGAUUCCGAAAAACAAGAAUACAAAAUAAAGAUAGUAUGGUUCAAUGUAGUAUUUUACAUAUAUCUUCAUGCAGCUUCCAUCUAUGCGCUUUACCUGGCCGUCACAUCAGCAUCAUGGAAAACUGUUUUAUUUGCCUUCAUUUAUGCGAGUUGUGGUGAACUGGGGAUUACAGCAGGGUCGCACAGGCUUUGGUGUCAUAGAUCAUAUAAAGCAAAGUGGCCACUAAGAGCUCUUCUUUGUUGCUUUGCUAGUAUUGCAGCUCAAAAUGACAUUUACGAAUGGUGCAGAGAUCACCGAGUUCAUCACAAAUUUACUGACACCAAUGCAGACCCGCAUAAUAUCAAGCGAGGAUUCUUCUUCGCUCACAUAGGAUGGCUGAUGUGCAAGAAGCAUCCAGAUGUGGCUAAAAGAGGGAAGUCUCUUCAUCUUGGAGACCUAUGGGCCGACCCGAUUGUUAGAUUUCAUAGAAGGUUCUACGUUCCGAUGUCACUUUUCUUUUGCUACAUCUUGCCAACUACGAUACCCGUCUGGUAUUGGGGCGAAUCUAAGUGGAAUUCGUUCUUCAUCGCUGGCGUGUUGAAAUACUGCUAUAAUCUCAACAUCACUUUUCUGGUGAAUAGUGCAGCUCACACAUUCGGCAGUCAACCUUACAAUAAGUAUAUUAUGCCUAGAGAAAAUGCUUUCGUUUCUUUCUUGGUGCAUGGAGAAGGCUGGCACAACUAUCACCAUGUCUUCCCAUGGGACUAUUCUACAAGCGAAUUGGGUUACACGUUGAACCUUACAAAAGCAUUUAUAGAUUUCAUGGCAUGGAUAGGUCAAGCUUAUGAUCUGAAGUCUGCUCAUCCUCAGAUGAUCAAGAAUAGGAAAGUGAUGACUGGUGAUGGUUCGAGAAUGAAGCAAAUGGGCGAAAAAGAACAACUGUUCCUAUGUUCUCAAUCAUAUGCUCCAUGAAAUUGUUUCAAAGAAGUCUUUUUUUUUCCCUUUUGUAUUUUUUUCAUAGAAAGCAUAAACUGAAUUUGAUCUGAUGAUUGGAUGAAAUUUAUUGUAAAAUCCUAGAUAAUCGAUUCAAUAUUUGAAAUUAUAUGAAAUUUUUCGCUUAUUUCAAAAUAAAGCAAUACGCAUUCA